CAGUAGGUCCGAGGCAGCCGCUCCGCUAGGGCCGGUCUGACCGGUUUGGGCCGUCCCGCCUGGCUCUUUGCUGGGAGGAGCCGCCGCCAGUCGGUCCCUCGGUCCCUCCCCUGGGGACGCCCGCGCGUCCGGACCGGAGGGCAGAGGGGGAGCGGCGGCGGGAGCAGGCAGGCGCCGUCGGGCCGGGCGCCUGCAGGGAUGGGGAAGGAGCAGCAGCUUUAUUACGGGAAGCACGGAACACCUCAGAAGUAUGACCCCGCCUUCAAAGGACCCAUUUACAACAGAGGCUGCACAGAUAUCAUUUGCUGUGUCUUCCUCUUCCUGGCUAUCGUGGGUUAUGUAGCUGUAGGCAUCAUAGCUUGGACCCAUGGAGACCCUCGAAAGGUGAUCUACCCCACUGACAGCCGAGGCCAAUUCUGCGGGCAGAAGGGCACGAAAAAUGAGAACAAACCCUUCCUGUUUUAUUUCAACAUCGUGAAGUGUGCUAGCCCCCUGGUCCUGCUGGAAUUCCAGUGUCCCACCCCCCAGAUUUGUGUGGAGAAAUGUCCCAGCCGUUACCUCACCUACCUGAAUGCUCAUGCAUCUGAGGACUUUGAGUACUACAAGCAGUACUGUUUACCUGGCUUCCAGAAAAACAAGGGUGUGGCUGAAGUCCUUCGAGAUGGAGACUGCCCCGCUGUCCUCAUUCCCAGCAAACCCUUUGCCCAGCGAUGUUUCCCGGCUGUCCAUGCCCACAAGGGGGUCCUCAUGGUGGGCAACGAGACGACCUACGAGGAUGGGCAUGGCUCUCGGAAAAACAUCACGGAGCUGGUGGAAGGCGCCAAGAAGGCCAGUGGAGUCCUGGAGGCCCGGCAGCUGGCCAUGAGGAUAUUUGAAGAUUACACAGUCUCCUGGUACUGGAUUAUCAUAGGCCUGAUUAUCGCCAUGGUGCUGAGCCUCCUGUUCAUCAUCCUGCUCCGAUUCUUGGCUGGCAUUAUGGUCUGGGUGAUGAUCGUCAUGGUGAUCCUGGUCCUAGGCUACGGAAUAUUGCAUUGCUACAUGGAAUAUGCUCGGCUGCGUGGUGAGGCCGGCUCUGACGUCUCCCUGGUGGACCUUGGCUUCCAGACAGACUUCCGUGUGUACCUGCACUUGCGGCAGACCUGGGUGGCCUUCAUGAUCAUUCUGAGCAUCAUUGAGGUUAUUAUCAUCUUGCUGCUCAUCUUUCUACGGAAGAGAAUUCUCAUUGCCAUCGCACUCAUCAAAGAAGCCAGCAGGGCUGUAGGAUACGUGAUGUGCUCCUUGCUGUACCCACUGGUCACCUUCUUCCUGCUGUGCCUUUGCAUCGCCUACUGGGCUAGCACCGCUAUCUUCCUGUCCACUUCCAAUGAAGCUGUCUAUAAGAUCUUCAAUGACACCAGCUGCCCAGUUGCUGGGAAAACCUGCAACCCCGAGACCUUCCCCUCCUCCAAUGAAUCCCGCCUGUGUCCUGGAGCCCACUGCCAGUUCGCCUUCUAUGGUGGUGAAUCGACCUACCACCGGGCCCUGUUGGGCCUGCAGAUCUUCAACGUCUUCAUGUUCUUCUGGCUGGCCAACUUCGUGCUGGCACUGGGCCAAGUCACACUAGCCGGGGCAUUUGCCUCCUACUACUGGGCCAUGAACAAGCCGGAUGAUUUGCCUGCCUUCCCGCUCUUCUCUGCCUUUGGCCGGGCGCUCAGGUAUCACACAGGCUCCCUGGCCUUUGGCUCCCUCCUUCUGGCCGUCGUGCAGGUCAUCCGAGUGAUGCUGGAGUACUUGGAUCAGCGCUUGAAAGCGGCAGAGAACAAGUUUGCAAAGUUCCUCAUGAGCUGUCUCAAAUGCUGCUUUUGGUGUCUAGAGAAAUUCAUCAAAUUCCUCAACAGAAAUGCCUACAUCAUGAUUGCCAUCUAUGGCACCAACUUCUGCACCUCAGCCAGAAACGCCUUCUUCCUGCUCAUGAGAAACAUCAUCAGGGUGGCUGUCCUGGAUAAAGUCACCGACUUCCUCUUCCUGUUGGGCAAACUUCUGAUAGUCGGUAGUGUGGGGAUCCUGGCUUUCUUCUUCUUCACUCACCGAAUCAGGAUCGUGCAGGACACAGCACCACCCCUCCAUUAUUACUGGGUCCCUAUAGUGACGGUGGUCAUCGGCUCCUACCUGAUCGCCCAUGGCUUCUUCAGUGUCUACGGCAUGUGUGUGGACACACUUUUCCUCUGUUUCUGUGAGGACCUGGAAAGAAAUGACGGCUCUCAGGAGCGACCCUACUUCAUGUCGCCCGAGCUGAGAGACAUCCUGUUGAAGGGGAGUGCGGAGGAGGGGAAGCGGGCGGAAGUCGAGGAGUAGAGAGGGAGGCUGGCUUGUAGAUCGGGGCGGGUGCAUGCGGGGCUUUCGGGCCUGGGAGCGGGGAUCAGCGUGUGUUUGUGUGUGUGUGUGCGCCCCCCCCGCCCCCCACCCCCGUUCCCACCUCGCUGCAGUCCCAGCGCCUCUUGCUUCUUAACCCUCUGAGGCUUCUCUGUGGCCCACCCCCCUCCCCAUCCACCCACCCAAUCUCCCGGUGCCCCCGCCCGUGGGCUCCCCUCAUGCCGCCUGCUCUGGGGCCUCUCUCCGCAGUGGAGGACUUGGAGAGGAACGAUGGGACGCCCGAGAGGCCUUACUUCAUGUCUCUCACCCUCAAGAAGAUCUUGAACAAGACCAACAAGAGGCAGGCGGAGGCCUAGAGGCCCCGCCCCCACCCUCCCUGGAACUUUCGUGAUGUGUGCUGGGCAGCUGGGUCAGAACCCUCAGCCCAUCGGGCUGACCUGAAGUCCUAUCACUGCCGCCCCCUUCCUGCCCCACCCAUCAUCCAGUUACCACCAGGGAACCUGCAGGAUUUGGGGCAUCACCUCCCUAUGCCAAGGGCCAGUCGUGAGUUUUCUGGGCACCUCCCCCCCUCACUACUUCACCCCCCACCAGCCAGGAUAAGAAUCCAGGUGGGGCUUCUUCUUAUCCAACAUGUGGGGCCUCUGUGGGCUGCCCUGUGGUUCCUGCCCCCUCUUACGACAGGACAGUAUUUGUGUCUGCAACAGCGGUGGCUGCAACAAGGCCACUGUAACCUGCGUCUGCUCUGGCCAGGAUGCCAGAACCCUUUCUCCAGGCUGAACAACUGGCUACUGGCCACUGCAGGCAUUUCUUUAUUUUUAAACCUGGACAUGCAUUAAAGGGUCUGUUAGCUUUUUCUGUCUUCACGGCUGAGAUGGGGCCGCUAAAGAAUGCUUAUGUCCCCUCCUUGGGUGUUGCUGUAUGUACCCAGGUAGGGGUGUCUCCUGGCCAGGGAGGCAGCAGCUGGGGUGUUGAUGGGGUGGAGAAGAGGGAGGUAGGUUGUGGGGGCAGGGAGGCUGGGGGUAGGCUGGUGGGGAGGAGGUUUGUAAUAGCGACAAAAAUGAAAACCGGCUGGCUGGCUGAGUCGGGCCGAAUUUCCCCUUUUCUCUGCCACUUAUUGACACACCUCUCUUUGUAAGAGACAUAAGAAACUGAAUCCACCCAAGGGACGAUUUCGAAGAAAGGGGGGAUGGGGGUAGAUGCCUUGGGCAAAUGGGCACCCCCCACCCCCAGUCUCCUCGAUUUGAGGAUCUUUUGCCAAAUGUGUUGAAUUCAGGGGAACUGGUGUGCCCGUUCUCCCUUCGCCAUAUCUCAAGGCCCCCCGAUAUGGGAUCUGGAGAAACCCCAACCUGGGGUUUCUGUCUCCUGUGCCUACCUGCCCCCCUCCCCCAUUCUGUCCACACACCCCUAUGUGUAACUGCAUUCCAACCACUAAUAAAGUGCCUAUUGUACAGUG